CAGCUCAUAACCCAACCAGACCCGAAAGCGCGCGCACAAAAAAAAAACGAGGAGAUAAAACACAAACAGAAGAUAUAAAUUGGAGUACUUGGAUUAUUACACAUGCCAUUAACAGAAUCCGUGUGGAAUGAAAGUGUUAGUUGGUCCGGUUCAGUUCAUAAAUACACAUCUUCAUCAAAUAAAAUGAGAGGUGAAGAGGCAUCUGGGACUGUCCUGCACAGACUAAUCCAAGAGCAGCUUCGCUAUGGAAACCCUACAGAUGCCCGCACACUCCUGGCCAUCCAGCAGCAGGCCCUGCGACGAGGAGGAGGUGUUGGAACUGGCAGCGGAGGGGCUUGUUCUCCACAGUCUUCAUCUGAGAGCCUCAGCCAGGAGGAGCCCCAGUCUCCUCAGCUCUCUGCCCGCCAAGAACCCCAGGGUCAGGAGCACCAGGUUGACUACCAGCACUCUGAGAACUACACAACACACCCACACCACGGCGAGGAGCUGCCCACCUAUGAACAAGCCAAGGCCCAGUCUCAGUUUUUGGCCUCCCAGUGGUGCCAACCGCACAGGGGUUGCUCACUAGAGGAUAGUGUAACAAGGCAGAUGCCCCGUGAGGAAGAAGACAGCUGGGACCCGAAGCGAGGCCACGCACGGUCACUGAGUGAGCGGCCGUUGCAGUUUUCAAUGGAGCACAAUAAAAUGCCUGCAACAUGUUCCGCCAGUUACCCUCAGAUACAUGGAUAUCAUGCAGACCAGCACUUACAAUAUAGCCAGCAAGGACUGGAGUACAAUAAGCGUGUGCCUUAUACCGAGUACCCCUUUCCUCUGCAACAAGCCACGGAGUAUGAACAGUGCUACAAAGCACCACCACCAUUUCAUUCCCAGCACAACAGACUUCAAACACCAGAAGUUUGCCACAGGCUCUCCACAUCUCCCCCUGCUGACAGGGAGGUCGCAGCUUGCAGUCGCAUUCAACUGGAAAUGCUCAUGAAUGAGAAUAAGAGACUGAGACAGGAGCUAGAGGGACACACUGAGAAUGCCCUCAGAAUUCAGAAGCUGGAACAAGAGAUCGAAAGGAUCUCAGAGGCCUACAACACUCUGAUGAAGGGCUGUGCAAAAAGAGAAACUCUGGAGCAAGCGCUAAGAAACAAGCUGAUGGCUGAGAUCAAGAGGCUGCAGCAUUCAAGCAUUCAAGCGGCUAAAGAAGCCGAAGCUGCUGACCAGAACCAGCAUGUUAUUGAGAAGCUCCUUCUGCAGAAUGAAGAACAGCAGCUGCAGUGUGCACAUCUGGAGCAGGAGGUUCAGCAUCUGCGAAACGAUGCGGAGAACCAGCAGCGCAGGAGCGAGGCCCUGGAGAGCACCCUGAGGUCCACGCAGACACGCAGCCAGCAGCUGUGGAUGGAGCUGCAGAGGAAGAGAGCGUAUGUGGAGAAGGUUGAGCGUUUGCAGAGGGCUCUUGCUCAGCUGCAAUCAACAUGUGAGAAAAGAGAAGGCUUGGAAAUGCGCCUGAGGACACGGCUAGAGCAGGAACUGCGGAGCCUCCGAAAUCAGCAGCGUCAGCCUCAGCCAGUCAGAGGAGCAUCCGAUAUGAGUGUGUCCACAAUGCAGGGGCUUUUGCGGGAAAAAGAAGAGCACAUUUUGUCCCUGGAGGCUGACAAGAUGCGCUGGGAGCAGAAAUACCUGGAGGAGAAGACCAUGAGGGAGUUUGCGAUGGAUGCCGCCGCCACCGCUGCAGCUCAGAGAGACACAACCAUCAUCAACCAUUCUCCCUGUCAUUCCUUCAUUGAGGAGCUCCCAUCUUCUGAGCACAGAAACCAGGAAGUAGAAAUCAGGAUCCGUGCCCUGUACACCCAAAUCCUGGAGAAGGACACAGUGAUUAGCAUCCUGAAGCAGAAGCUGCAGCAGGAGCAGAAGGGAGAGUCAGGUGACUUCCGCCCAGCUACUACUGAACCCUCCAUCACCAUCUCUCAUUCAACGGUCACACACAUGGCCCAGGGCAAAGGGAAGAGUCAAUCCAGUGACCAGGCGGCUGGUACGUCAUAUUCCACUCUUGCUCUUGUAGCAACCCGGAGACAUCCUGAGCCAGUCCUGUCAGAGAAACAGACAACAGAUCAAGCCUCCUGCACAGAGCCCAACCCCAAUAGCAUCCAGAAAGCGCCAUCUUCUGUGGACCUUUUUAAGGGCCUGGAUGAUGUGGCGGCUGAUGCAGUGGAGAUCUUCAUUUGAUGAAGAACACUUGGACAAGGCAUGCAGGACAAACUGCCCUGAAAUAUAAAUACAUCAUACCUGUGUGAUGAGGAACUCUGGAAGAUAUUAAAUGACAUCACAUCCCUAUACUGUUGGGAAGAAAGAGUCCAGCAUAAUAACAGAGCUGCUCAAAAUCUCAUUUGAAAGAGGGAGCUGAGCUCUUGUCUUUAAAGUACAUCUCCAGUCUGGUAUGUUUUGAUAGUAAACUGCAUUACUGACACUUUUGCUUCUGGUGAGAAUCCAGAAAUUUUGGUAUUUACAGCCGUCCCGUACAGGAAGACGGGCACAAACACCUAAAUUGUCAUUACUAUUGCAUUGUCCCUCCUCUCAGAAGACCUGUGGUAACUUCACCACAUUCCAGUUCAAUUGACUUUCUUCUUGAGACUGAGGCUCUCGCAUGUAUCUUUUCCACCCCACCUUUAUUGAUUGUUAUAAAUGGUUACAUUUUUCUCAUGUUUUUCUAUUUAUGGCUGCUACACCCUUCAUCGAAGUUAUUCUUUUACAUUGCAUGCUGUCACGUUGUGCGAGACAAAAACUUUAUUUAGACCGAAGAGUCUAAGAGAACUCUGUCAGAGAGAAAACCAGUUGUAUUAUAUUACAAUUUGCGUUCCUGUACUUUAUUUUUGAAUGUGUUCGCUCUUAAAUGGCACAUUUGCUGGUCAAGGUGUCGUUUCAAAGUAAAUAUUAAUAUAUAUUUUGUACAAUUAUUUUGUGUUGGGUUGGAAUGUAAUGCUGAGGAACUGGUGCCAAAGAGCAUUUCAGUAAAGUUGUGUAAACACAUGACUAAGGGUUGACCUCUUCUAUUUAAUCCAUGAAAGAUGUGAAUGUUCUGAAACAUUUCAUACAUUUACAAUAAAGCUAUUAAUAUAUAAAAA